AUGUUUGCCUUUGCGCAACAAAGAGUCAAAUCUAUUGAACAGCAGCGAGUCACAAAUAGCAUUGAUAAUGCUAUUGAAAAAUCGCGUAAACUUGUGUUACGCUGCUACAAUAUGAUUGCUUCACAACAAGAAGUUUCAGGUGUUCAAGUGGCAUCCUAUCUAAUGAAUUAUGAUGAUCAUUAUACUACACAUACAUUCAGAAAUCUUUUUCUUAUCUCAAUUGAAAACUAUUUACAAGCCGAACUAAGCAAAGCACAACUCCAGGAAAAAGACAUCGACGAAGAGAGACUAGAAGACAUGACAACGCCCAUUGAUGAAGAACAAGAAGAAGAUACAAAACAAACUGAAGAACAGUUUCUAUUGGAGCUAACAGAAACCAAAAACGGUGCCAAGUUUGUCAUGGUCAACACUCGCCUAGACUAUCAUGAUCGAUCAAAUGAUCUUACUGCAUUGUGUUUAUAUGACUUUGUCAGUCAUUUUCACAAGAAACUUAUCGACAAAUCCGAUCGCCGCUUGAUAAAGAGUGUGAAUGAGUCUGAAGGUAAACGACUAGAUACAGAAGGAACAAAAAUGAAUGAACGGUACACAUUUGAGAGUGCACACCCACAAGCAUCAUCACAUAUCGUCAUUAAACACACCAAUCCAGUUGUACCAGUUCUCGUUGGACCACAAAUACCACGCCAAGAACGAGAAGAAACACGCGAGCGUUAUAGUCGUGCAUUGUUAACUUUAUUCGUACCAUGGAGAUCAGUUCAUGAUCUUUGUGCAUUGAAUCAGACAUGGACUGAGGUAUUGGAAAUUCAAAAACCAUUGAUCUCUCCCGCCUCACUCAAGAUGAUAGAAAAUAUACAACUUUUGCAUGAAUGUAAACACGAUCGAGAUGAACAUCUCCGCCAAGUUCUUGUAGAAGCACAGAGUGACAAUAGCAUCGAUCCUGUUUUGAUACCUAACUACUAUGAAGAAGAUCAAAAUACUGAAGAAGAUGACCCUGAACAGCUUUUACAAAUGCUCUCCAUCGUAAAUGAGUCCACCACAAAUGCCUACUCUGCAUCAAACGGCAAUCAAGAGCAACGCUACCUCAACGAUGCAUUACAAGCAAUUGAUAACACAGAUCGGUUUGCAUUACUGAACGACCAGAGAAACGUAUGGAACCAAAAUAGCGAUGAUAUCGUACACGAUUCAAGCGCAUUCGUCGUAGCUCAUUCACAUCAUGCAGCAAUGAUUAAAGAGUGGAAACGUGAUAUUGAAAGCAGAAGGGAUAAAGCAAGAAAUUAUUUAAUUUCAGGCGAAAAUACUGUGGAAAUUAGAAAUGAUGAAGUGCAGAUUGAAGUCGUAGCGGCUGAAAUACCAACCAGUCCAUUUAAGGCUCAAACUACGACAGUGCCACCUGUGACUAUAACAACAGCAAUCUCAUUUCCAACAAAAAUGGAUAUCAUCAAAAAAUUCACAUUAAAUAGUCAGCAGAAGUAUGCUUUUAUGAUUGUUACUAGUCACCUAGAUGGUGAGAACCAAAUUCACACGGGCUCUGCUGACAACCAGUUAUUGAUGUGUGUACCUGGUUGUGGUGGUACUGGUAAAUCUCAAUUGAUUCGUGCAAUCUAG